UUUCUCGCCCGGGCCUCCAUACAUUUUCAUUCUGAUGCAACCCGGCAUUGUCGUGAAACAUGGCUGAGGACGAGCUGACCCCAUUUGAUCCCACAAACAUGAAAAAGAAGAAGAAAAAAAAGAAGGUACCAUUUGAGUUGGAUGGAGGGAUGGAGGAUAAUGAGACACCAAGCCCCGCCCCUGUGGAGGAAGCCCCAGAAGUUCAGACAGAGGAAAAACCAGCAGACAAAACAGAUGAUGAUUUCUCCUUGGACUUUGGGUUGAAAAAGAAAAAGAAGAAAAAGAAAGCGUUUGAUGUCAGUGAGCUGGAGGAAGCUUUGCCAGAACCCGGUCCUGAAAAAGAGACACCAGAACCAGAGGCCACAGAAGGGGUAGAAGAAGACAUGAACUUUGCUCUACCUUUGAAAAAGAAAAAAAAGAAGAAGGUAGACUUCACUAUGAUUGAAAAUGAGGAUGGAGAUAAACAGAACGAAGGAGACUUUGACCUUGAGGAUCGCGUGGGAGGGUCAGUCCCUGAGGGUAAGGCGUGGCUGGCCUCCGACAGAGACUACACAUAUGAUGAGUUACUGACACGGGUGUUUGAUAUCAUACGAGAGAAGAAUCCAGAUAUGGUAGCCGGGGAGAAAAAGAAGUUUGUCAUGAGACCCCCGCAGGUGCUCAAAGUCGGAACAAGAAAGUCAUCUUUUGCAAACUUCUCAGAUAUUUGCAGAUUGUUACAUCGACAGCCCAAACACGUCCUGGCCUUUUUAUUGGCUGAGUUAGGAACAAGUGGGUCUGUGGAUGGAAACAACCAGCUUAUCAUCAAAGGAAGAUACAACCAGAAACAGAUAGAAAAUGUCCUUAGAAGAUAUAUUAAGGAAUAUGUGACCUGCCACACCUGUAGAUCACCUGAUACCCUGCUUCAGAAGGAUACCAGGAUUUUCUUUCUGCAGUGCGAGACGUGUGGAUCCCGGUGUUCCGUCACCAGCAUUAAGUCGGGAUUCCAGGCCGUCACAGGCAGGAGAGCUGCCAUUCGAGCAAAGACAUCUUGAUUCUUAUUUAUUCUCUGACUUAAAAUUCUUUGAUGUCUUUCAGUAUGUUGGAGUUGUUUAUACCAUCGUAGUUUGUUAAAACAAACGGAAAAUUUACAAUUCCUAGAGAGGAAGCACCUGUUCAGAAUAUCAAAUUCCAUAGACAUUCUGUAUGUAUUGUGUACAUAGUGUAACUGUAUAGCUGCUUUAUUAAAUUUGUCCGAGAUUCAGAAUGUUGAAUAUACAAAUUAUAAACCUUUCAGCAAAUGUCAUGCUGCAACAAAUGCAAAAGAUUGUUUCUAGAGCUCAUUGUGUAAUUGGGUAAUCUGUCCAGAGAAACUGGCAGGAUGAAUGGGUUCAUUCUUUAUAAUUUCAUUGUCUGUGUUAUCAAUGACAAUAAAUGUAUUAUGAAUUCAG